GAGACUACACAUGUAUGCUUUUAACCCCGAGAUGAUUUUCUGGGCUACACUUAGUAACUACAAACACAGCAGCCCAAAGCCCGUCAUAACUGCCGCCACAGAGAAGAACUGCAGUUGCUGGGAAAAAAGACCAGAAAUAUACCAUCCAGGUGCCAGUGGUGAAUUCACAUGCCAGAGAGUAAGAAGACAUCUUAUUUUAAAUAUGAAGAUGAUUUUGAUCUACAUCAUCAUCGCAACUCCAGCAAUGACCGCUGUGCCACAAGGGUCUUCAGAAUGCAAUCUAACUGCACCUGGACCCCAGACGUGUUUUGGAGUUUUAGGAGAACCACUCGUUUUUUACAUACCUACUAAACCACAUAUGAAGACAAGCUUGAAAAAGAGUACAGAAAAAAUUUUAACCUUAAUAAAUGAUACAUUAAUUAGUCUCAAUGAAAAAUACAAGGAUCGUACUAUAUUUUUCCCAAAUGGAACAUUGAAACUCGAAAAAGCAACAAACCAUGACUCUGGAGAGUACAGCAUGGAAACACACAGUUCUACUGACGGUGUGUUAUUGAACACAGUUAACAUCCAUCUACAUAUACUUGCUCCUGUGUCAGAACCAGCUGUUAUGCAGAUGUGUUUGUCACCAAAACAGAUGACAGUCAGCUGUUUCUCUGAAGGAGAUGAAGUAGAGCUCAUUUUGUCUUUGGAUGAUAAGUUGUUGAUACAGACUACAGCCAACAGUACAGAAAACAACAGCGUUUCAAAUGUUACCAUCAACUUACCUGGUCAGCUGAUGGGAAACCUGACAUGUGUUGCUCAAAACAAUGCCAGCAGAAAACAAACUAUCACCCACCUUACAAGCUGUACAGCUCCUGUGUCAGAACCAGCUGUUUUGCAGAUGUGUUUGUCACCACAACAGAUGACAGUCAGCUGCUCCUCUGAAGGAGAUGAAGUAGAGUUCACCUUGUUUUUGGAUGAUAACUUGUUGAUAAAAACCCAACCCAGCAUUGCAGAAAACCGCAACAUUUCAAAUGUUUCUAUCAGUUUACAUGGUCAGCUGCUGGGAAAGCUGAUGUGUAUCGUCCAAAACAAUAUAAGCAGAGAACAAACCAUCAUCCACCUUAUAAGCUGCACAGGUAAUAUUUCUGACCACUGCAUUGUGACUGUGGCUGUGGUAGUAAGCGCUGUUGCCAUUCUACUCAUUCUGGCUGUGUUUCUUGGUAUCCGGAAAUUCAAAAACACAACUGGCAUUAUGACUGUUAAUGAAGAUGAAGCUGAAGAGGACGUUGUCUACUCAGAUAUUAGACUGAAGCAGCUUGCAAGAGAAUCAAGAGAAACACCGCCUAUUUCAAAUCAAGAUGAAAGUUAACGUUCUCCUAAACAGUCUGACAUUCUGAAACCUAAACCCUAACAUGUUGACUUUCAGUCAACUGUCUAAUAAAACUAUGGCACUUUAGCAAUUCCAUCUUUGCAGUGAACGUGAAGGUAAACAUAUUUAACAAGUACUCACUGGAUUAUUAAUUUUGAAGGAAACAUAAAGGAGGGGAAAGUUAUUUAGAAGGCAUUUGAUAUACAUGAAAUACUUAUUUAUACUUAUUUAUAAAUGCUUUAUAUUUGAACUACAUUUUAUUUGACAUAAUUUAAAUAAACUACAUCAACCUUGUAAAGGUUCUAACCAACA